AUGUCUCUUGAGUCUCACGCGUGUGACUUCUGUCGAAGGCGGAAGUUGAAGUGCCUGAGAGAAACACCUAGGUGCGAUAAAUGCAUAUGGUAUCACAAAGAGUGCUUUUACUCCCCUGAAAACAAACGGGUCCAGUUAACCAAGUCCAACGUGCAGAAGCUUCACACUCGGGUCUCGAUUUUAGAACGGCUAUUGGCUCGGUAUGUGCCCAACCUGGAGGAGCUUGAGAAGCUCAUCGGAGCCACCGCCGUGGCCGCAGCCCCGAACGAGGCCGCGGCUGCUAACUACUCUCCGGACUCAAUUGACUAUGUUAAAGAAGAAGAAUUUCUUCUAGAUGAAGUAGAAGAUAUCGAUGACAUAGUAUGGUAUGAAACCGACGAUGAAAAGGUCAUCAGCGAAUACUCGGGUCAGAAUGUCACCGACGGUAUGAGUGCCCUUUCGAUUGAAAGUAAGAAUUUGAAGAUCCCCGUGUAUUAUGGUCUCGCAUCCCCCAACGGCCUAAUCAGGUUCUUGCAAAAGGUUGACCUGAACACGAAACGAAAUCUUUUGGAAAACUAUAAGCCCAUGCCCGCAUCGUCUGACUACAAGGUGACUCUUGAUAUCAUUCGGCACGAAUACGGAGAUUAUUACUUGGAUAACACCGAUUUCCACCAGAUGAUUUUCGAGUGCUAUUUCACCACCUACCACCAGGCGUAUCCGCUCAUUCAAAAGUCGUUGUUCUUGAAGGACUACAGUAAGCUACACACCAAGAACCCCAUGCAGAAGAAGUCGUUGACGAUUUUGAUCUACACGCUUCUUGCCCUUGGUUCUUUCUGUAAAUACGGGGAUGAUUGCGUGGUGGACUUGAUGUAUUACCUGAGGGUGAAGGAUACGUUGAAGCAGGUAGAUAUCAUGGAGUACAAUAGUUUUUAUUUGCUCGAGGCCCUCACCAUUCUUGGAAAUUACUGUCAAAAGAGAAACAAACCCAAUACGGGGUGGAACUACCAUGGGAUCUGUUUCCGAAUGGCCAUUUCGUUUGGGCUACAUCGAGAGAUUCACGUCCAAAAAGAGAAAUUGGACCAGAAAGCCCUCCAGAUCUUGGAAAGAAGAAGAAGAAUUUUCUGGGGUUUAUACGUCUUGGAUGUGGGCCAUGCGCUAACGUUGGGAAGACCCACAAUAGCCCCCAGCUUGAGCUGUAUUAAUAUCAAUUUCCCUUCCAUCGACUUUGAUCAUCCUCCUCAAACAGUCUCCGAAGGAGCAAAUCCAAAUCUCAUCGAAGGGUUUGUGCUAGAAAUGAAACUCAUCAAGAUCUCGUCCAAGAUCCAUUAUGUGAUGUCGAGCUUGGAAAAAAGCUUCAUGAAAAAGACUACAGAAUUGUUCGAGUUGAACCGAGAAAUUGUCAAGUAUGCCCAAGGGUUUCCAGCCUAUUUCAACGAAGAUUCAGAAAUAGCUGUUCCUGAAUGGUUUCAGUUCCGUAGAGUCAAAAUCAUCUGGAGGUACAAGAAUGUGCAGAUCUUGAUGUUCCGAAACUACAUUUGGCAAAUAAGACCGUAUUUACAGAACCCCAAAAUGUUUACCAAGGAAGUUAAACUUAUCAAAGAUUGCUUAAAGGUAUGCUUGGAUGCAUCUAUUGAAACCAUACACUCGAUAAAUGAGUACCUCAAGCACCGGGACUUAAACUACUUCUCUUCGUGGUACGGGAUCUACUUUGUGUUCCAUGCGGUAUUGGUGCCGAUAUUACUUAUUUAUAACCUUAAGGACCAGUACUCAGAUGAAGAAAUCAUGAAGUUCAAGUACUACAUCAAUUUGAGCAAAGAUAUGUUAUUCAAAUUGAAGAGAUUCAACCAACUCACGUGUAACUUGGUUAACUUGGUAGAGAUCUUGUCGAAGGGAAUUGGAGAAGAAACAGGACCUCAUUUGAAGACUGAGAACGACGGGUUGGUUAACGAGAUUUUCCAUAAAGACUUGACAGAAUUCCGUUACGACUUCGAAAAGUCCUUCAACGACACAGUUUUAGAUAUCAGCCCAUUGAACUUCGAGUAUUACAGUGACCUUAACGAACAGUCGGUCAAUGAGGACUUACCGUACCCAUUUGUAUAG